AUGGACGAUCACAGUGGACAAUUUUGCGAGAGCCUAGCUGCUGUUCUCAACGUUGUCUUGGAAGGAAAAGUGCCAGCUGAUAUCCGUCCUGCUUUCUUCGGUGGAAAGCUGCUGGCCUCGCGGAAGAAGGACGGCGGGCUGCGCCCCAUUGCGUUCGGAAUGACAUUGCGCCGUGUCAUUGCCAAAAUUGUUUGCAGUAAAGUAGCGGAACGGGCGGUUGCUGUUCUUUCUCCUGGACAAGUUGGCUUUAACGUACGUGGUGGGGCUGAAGCAAUAGUACACGGAACCAGACAAUUUAUCAACGAGAAUCCCGAAAUCACAAAAGCCAUCGUCAAAGUGGAUUUCCGUAAUGCGUUCAAUACAGUUUCGCGAGAAGUAGUGCUCGACGCUGUGAAAUCGCACUUCCCGGAAUAUUUUGCCUUUUUCCAGUCAGCUUACGGACAUCAUUCUUCACUGUUCAUUGGUGAACAUGUUAUGUCAUCCGAAUCAGGACUGCAACAGGGUGAUCCGUUGGGCCCGCUAUUGUUCUGUCUAGCAUUGCAAGCCGUAAUUCUCACCCUUAAUACCGAGUUAAACGCUUGGUACCUUGACGACGGGACGCUUGGCGGUCUCCCAGAAAGUGUACAGGAGAAUUUUGCUCGAGUUAUUGAAGGUGCUCGGAGAAUUGGAUUGGAAAUAAACGUCACAAAGUGGGAACGAUACGUUUCUGGCGGGUCGGAGACAGCUCAGCAGAAAGCAGUAGAUGAUUUUCUUGCCCAACACCCCGGUGUCCGUGUAAUGUCCAGCUCCAGUCUGACUUUGCUUGGAGCUCCUAUCUUGGACGCCGCGAUCGCCCCCCUGUUUGCCGAGAAAGCGCAAUCGUUGGCCACGGUGUGUGAGCGGAUGCAGCUGCUCCCACGUCACCACGCGCUUUUCUUUCUGCGCCACUGCCUCGGGGCACCAAAGAUCGUAUACAUGCUGAGAUGUAGUAAUGCCUGGAAAUACUCAGAGCAAUUGUAUAAAAUCGACGAAGUCUUGCGUUCCUGCUUCCAACAGUUGUGCAACGUCCGAACCAAUCACGAUGACUAUCCCAGCUGGCGACAGGCGAGCCUCCCGGUUAGCAGAGGUGGUAUUAGCUUACGUCGCUCGGAGGAAUUAGCACUCCCAGCCUUUCUGGCUUCGAUUCACUCCGUUGCCGACCUGGUGUCUUUACUGCUCCCAAAUCGACCGGCCGUCGAUGUCUCUACAGCGCUAAAAAUUUGGAAAGCGGAGCGGUGCACAACGGAUGACCGCUUGUUGGGCUAUGCAGCCGCCGGACAGACCGGCAUUUAUGGAAAGCGCUUGGAAACCCUGGCGCCGUUGAGCGAAAGAAUCGCGUAG